CACAAAUAUGGCGGUCUGAGAGUUUUGACAACUAUGUUUUGAUGGUGUAAAUCCUAUUUUUUUCCAUUUAUAAUACAUAUUUUCCAGGAGAUUCGCAUCGAACUGAUUUAAUAACCACAUCGCGAUUCAGAGCACCAUGCCAUCAGCCUGUGACUCCCUGAUUGAAGACAUUGAGGACAUGGUGUCCUCUAGCGACCCCACUCCUCAUGAGAGACAGUCUGCUAGAAAGAGUAUCAUACCGAGAUCAAGAAAGAAAAAAGAGAUUCUGGCCAAUGAGGAGCUCCAAGCUGACAGUUUGAUCCCUGGGACUCAGAAAGUCUGGAUGAAAACGUGGGGCUGCAGUCAUAACAACUCGGAUGGAGAGUACAUGGCUGGACAGCUAGCUGCCAGUGGAUACAAGAUGACUGAUGACCCAACAGAAGCAGACCUGUGGUUGCUGAACAGCUGCACUGUGAAAAACCCUGCAGAGGACCACUUCAGAAACUCAAUCAAAAAAGCCCAGGAGCAAGACAAAAAGGUGGUAGUAGCAGGUUGUGUUCCCCAGGCCCAGCCACGGAUGGACUACCUCAAAGGGCUCAGCAUCAUAGGGGUUCAACAGAUUGAUCGAGUGGUGGAAGUAGUGGACGAAGCUGUUAAAGGUCACUCAGUUCGUCUGUUGGGUCAGAAGAAAGAUGGAGGCCGGAGACUCGGAGGAGCCAGACUGGACCUGCCCAAGAUCAGGAAGAACCCUCUAAUUGAAAUCAUCUCCAUUAACACUGGGUGUCUGAACGCAUGUACCUACUGUAAGACCAAGCACGCCAGAGGUGACCUGGCCAGCUAUCCCAUAGAGGAGCUGGUGGAGAGAGCCAGCCAGUCUUUCCAGGAGGGAGUGUGUGAGAUCUGGUUGACCAGUGAAGACACAGGAGCCUAUGGUAGAGACAUAGGCACAGACCUACCAACACUGCUGUGGAGAUUGGUGGAGGAGAUCCCUGAAGGAGCCAUGCUCAGGCUGGGUAUGACCAACCCACCUUAUAUCCUGGAACACCUAGAGGAGAUGGCAAAGAUAUUGAAUCAUCCGCGUGUCUACGCCUUCCUUCAUGUUCCUGUGCAGUCGGCUUCAGACAGCGUCCUGAUGGACAUGAAGAGAGAGUAUUGCAUUGAUGACUUCAAAAGAGUGGUGGACUUCCUCAAAGAAAGGGUCCCAGGUGUAACCAUUGCUACAGAUAUAAUCUGCGGUUUUCCUGGUGAAACAGAGGAAGACUUCCAAGAGACAAUAGACUUGGUGAAAUGUUACCGGUUCCCCAGUCUCUUUAUCAACCAGUUCUACCCCAGACCUGGUACACCAGCAGCCAAAAUGGAGCAAGUACCAGCGCAUGUGAAAAAGCAAAGGACUAAGGAGCUGUCACAACUCUUCCACUCUUACAACCCCUAUGACCACAAGGUGGGUGAGAGGCAACAUGUGUUGGUGACAGAGGAGUCGUUUGAUGCCCAGUACUACGUGGCUCAUAACAAGUUCUAUGAACAGGUGCUUGUACCCAAGAGGUCAGAAUUCAAAGGGAAGAUGAUUGAAGUGGACAUCUACGAGGCAGGAAAACACUUCCUAAAAGGCCGACCAGUAGAAGACAGUAAACCCUUCACUCCAUCCAUCGCUGCACCACUUGAGAAAGGAGAGGUGUCCGGCCUGAUGCAGGAAAAGAUGGCCAACGGUGUCCAUGAUUCUGCCUCUAUGUCAUCCUCAUCGGUUUUGUUGAUGGGGUCUUACAGUCUGGACAGGGAAGUAUUGAAGAAGCUGGGAGUCGGGCUCGCAUUGGCAGCAGCCUUAUUGGCUUUCAUUGUGGAGAAACUGUACUGGUAGAGCAACUGUGGACUAGGAGAGGAUUGUGAAACAGCAAGAUGACAGUGACAUCAUUGGAGCCUUAACAGUGUGUUUGAAGGGGUUGAAUAACGUGACAAAGGAUCUCUUGUAACAUACUCGACAAGCUCUCAUUCAUUUUUAAUUGAGCCCAAAGAGAAAGAGGAAGUCAGUGACACUAGUCAAGGAUGAUUUGAAUGUUGUCGAGAUUUAUUCUCUUGUUUUUAGUACAAUUAUAUUUUUACUUUUUAAUUAAAGAGCAUAGUUCACCACUCUGCAGUUAUUUUACUAACAAGGAAGAACUAAAUGGGCAAUGACAGGUCAGCAGUCCUCGCAGACCUCAGUAAACAUUUUUCAUACAACAUUUUUUGGUAUAAAUCACAUCGUAGAUAGUCUGGAUUUUGAGUGGAAACUUUCAUCAGCAGAUUCUGUUUGAUAUUUCUGUUUCAUACCAACAUGAACAUUUUCUAAGUUUAGGCUGCUAAAGGAAUCCCAAUGCUUUGGUCUGCUGCUCACUGAUGACUGCAGCCUGACAUUUCCAUAUUCACAAAUAAAUUAGGCACAUGUCAAUUAGCCGAUACUCUUGGAAAACAUAUUUUAGACUUUCUUAUCAUCCACCAGAGUAAAGUCAGAGGAUAAUCAAACUGUCAAUCUGCAGUUUCCUGAGUGUCAGAGUGAUUCUUGGGUGUUAAUGAACUAUCCAUCUUUUCCCCCCAGCGUUUAUGAGCUGCAUAGACUUUGAAGUCUGGUGUUUAUAGACUUUGCUGUCCUCCCUUUGGCAGUUGUUCUUACUUUAUGUGUUAUUGUAUUAUGUGGAGAGCUGUAGCAAAAUGUACAAUACUCUGAUUAAAGGUCAUUUAUUACUUUAAUUUCAAAGUAUUUAUUUUUGAAUGAGAAGCAUGGACGGUAUAUUUUCAGAGCUACUUAAUGAACGCAUUUGAAGUUGUUUUAAGUUGUUAAUCUUUAAUUAUAGUGGUUGUUCAAAACUUGUUUUUUUUUUUUGUUUGAUAAAUGUUUUUUUGCCUCAUAUGUUAAUCUCAAGUGGAAUUAAUUUGUAUGACACAUCUCAUCUUAACUGAUUAGUUCCACAUACAUGGCGACUGGCCGUGUGGAUGAUGCUGACUGCUGGGAUUGAUGGUCAUUAUGUGACUUGUUUUAUUUGUAUGUGAUGAGGUGGUCCAGUGCCAACUUAACAGGCUGUUUCAUAUUUUCUCUCUUACCUGUAGCGAUGUCAUGCAGAUAUCCAUCCCUGAUAUAUCUGCUGCCUCCCCAGUACAAUGAAAGUUAAUGGACUUACAUUUGUGGAUCUCACAGCUUUGGAAAUAUGACAGCAAUACAAAAAGCAAUACCCCCUUUACUCUGGAUAAUUCACAAAACAUAACAUCAUCUGUUUUUGGUAAAUUUGUUAAAGUGUAGAGUGUGUCAGGGUGGUAGCAAAGAUCUCAAAACUGGGUAAAUAAAACCAAAAAUGUUAGCAUUGGUGGUCUUCCCUAGAGGUAAAUCAGAUUUUUUUUUUUUUUCUACAAAUCAGGUGAAUUGACCCUGUAAUAUUGUGUUGGUUUGGACUAUUUGUGGCAUAAGAGUCAUUAUUGUAAACAGACUAUAUAUUGUUUUUGUUGAUUCCCGUUUUCACAACCAUCCAAAACAUAACACUGUUUAAUAAAGGACAAAUCAAUGUGUCAU